AUGGCUUCGGAUAAUUCGACGUUCGGCACAUUAUCGUCGAGCCCACAAGCAGGGCAGAUUAUACUCUACGAGGACAGAGAAUAUGAAACUGUGAAGGAGGGUCUUGCGUAUAUUCUCGUCCCUCGAGUGUCUACAUCCCCGCCAGAGAAUGAGCCCAAGAACAAGCCGACGGAAGACAAGAAUCGACCCGCCGUGUUCUACAACCCCAUCCAACAAUUUAACAGAGAUCUGAGUGUGUUGGCAAUACGUGCAUACGGGGAGCAUGCUGUUGCAACAAAGCUUGAGCAUCGCGAAAGAGUAGUACGGCGCUGGGAUCAAAGUAAGUGCAAGGGGAAGAAACGAAAGCGGGAAGCUGUUGGCAGAGAUAAUACUGCAGCUUCCAGUGGUCAACUGAAUAAGAAACAAUACAUCAAUGAGGCACCAGAGGUGUCUAUUUCAGAAGAAGCCUCUGUAGUGGCCAAACCCGAUACAUCAGAACGUUUCGAAGAAGGCAAAAGAGAAUGGCGUCCGCCUUUCAAAAUCCUCGACGCAUUAUCCGCGACAGGGUUGCGAGCUCUUCGAUAUGCCAAAGAACUCCCCUUCGUUACCCAAGUCAUCGCUAACGACUUGUCUGCUGCUGCAAUUAAUUCCAUGAAAGCCAAUAUACAGCAUAAUUCCGUCGAGAAAAUCGUACAGCCAAACAAAGGCGAUGCUUGCGCAUACAUGUAUAGUGUACUAGGUCCUCAAAAAAUGGAUGAAAAUGGUUCUUUCUUUGGUAAAUUUGAUGUCGUCGAUCUCGAUCCUUAUGGAACUGCUGCUCCGUUCAUGGACGCUGCAGUACAAGCUGUCGCUGAUGGAGGAAUGUUAUGCGUUACCUGUACAGACGCUGGUGUAUUUGCAGCUGUUGGCUACCCAGAAAAAGCUUUUGCGCUCUACGGCGGCAUACCUAUCAAAGGGGUGCAUUGCCAUGAAGGUGGGAUCCGUCUCAUUCUGCAUGCUUUGGCAAUGAGUGCUGCAAAGUAUGGCAUCGCGAUCGAGCCUUUGCUGUCGUUAUCUAUUGACUUCUACGCGAGGUUAUUUGUUCGUGUCCACAAAUCUCCUUCUGCGACGAAAUUUACCGCUUCAAAAUCUAUGAUGGUGUAUGGUUGUGAUAGCGGUUGCGGAGCCUGGACAACACAGCGUCUUGCUCAGUCUCGAAAACGAGAGGGCAAAAAUGGUGCUUACUUCUACACCCAUCGCUUGAGCCAGGCCCCUUCAGCUGCUCCACAUUGUGAACAUUGUGGGUUUAAGACUCACAUCGCUGGUCCAAUGUGGGGUGGACCUCUACACAAUCCCCAUUUUAUUCAGCGGAUCCUUGACCUUCUUGCCGGGGCUGACAGAGAUACAUACCCUACAUUUGGCCGCAUCGAAGGAAUGCUGACCACCGCUCUUGAGGAGGAUCUAACUCUUGAGUCUUCAAGAGACCCAACACCAGAAUCAGACUCUGUUAGCGUGAAAAAUAAUAAUUAUGUUAACGGAAAAGAUUCCCUUCUGAUUCCGCGAGUUGACCCGGAUAAGCUGGAGCCAUAUCCCUUUUUUUUUAUGACUAGUGCUUUGUCCAAGGUUCUUCACACCCAAACCAUGCCUGAAAAUUCAUUCCGUGGCGCGCUUCGCCAUCUUGGAUACAAAUCGACUCGUAGCCACGCAAAGCCAGGCUCUAUUCGGACGGAUGCUCCAUGGAGUGUUGUCUGGGAGAUAAUGCGAGAAUGGGUACGCCAAAAAUCGCCCGUAAAAGCCGGUGCUAUUACAGAGGGAAGCGCUGGAUUCGGAAUCAUGGGUAGAGGAGGAAGAGAAAACCCUGACGCUGAUGGAGCUGGCGCCGGACUGAGGUCACUGAAACUUGAUAUCCUUGGUGCUGUGGACUCUGGCCGAAACUUGGCCGACUUGACCAUGAAGAUAGAGGCUGCUCUGUAUCGAGCCUCUGCCAAGCGGCCAGCUGAAAGUAAUGCCGCAGAAAAAUCCCCUGCAGAUUGUAAUUUAACACCGCGGAACAAAUCUGAGGAAAGCUCCCUUUCUAAACAGCCUGCCUUGUCUAAUCUUGAUAUUGUAUUCGACGAGGCCCUGGGGAAAAAAGCUAUCGAUGCUCAACGCAGAAAACGGCUUAUUCGUUAUCAAAUCAACCCGCGCCCUAAUUGGGGCCCUCAGGCCCGGGCACCAGUUAUAAACACGAAAAAGGAUUAA